CUUUACACCGAUAAUAAAUCCAUAUACGUCGCAAGUAAUUCUAAGAUUUACGACUCUUAAGGAUUUCCUGCGGAUGUCACAUCAAGAGAGAUUAGGUUUAUUUGGUAGAUGGAUUGAUGAGAGACGAUUGCAAAAACUCGACGUGAUUCUGCAUGGAGCGCUCUUCGAUAAUGUCUUUGAAGAAGAAUAUAUUGACGAGGAAUAUAUUGAUGGGGAAUAUAUUGACGGAGAAUGCGCAAUGGAAGAUUUCUACAAUG